AGGAUUUCCUAAAAGGAUUGCUGCGUAUCUCUACAAAGUCCCCUACUAAGGGAUCCUGAUUGUAGAAACCAAGAUAGACUAGUCUGUCUCUUUGUUUCGGUCGCUAUGAGUAUGAAAAUUUUGGGAAUUUUGGGCGGCUUCAAAUGUAGUAGUUGUUGUACGUAGUUUCUUGUUCAACAAUUUAGGUUAAAUUAGUUGUGGUACCAUUUUGGACACGACCAACAUGAUGAUGACGACGAUUUUGUAGUUCUUUGUGUAAAAAGCUAUGGCUUCACUCUAAAAAUAUGUGGUUAAAUGUCCUCAUUCUAUGUGGUCCUCAUGCGCAAACAUGAGAAGAUCGCUGGUCAAGAACGUCGUAGGUCCAAUCCGAUCCGACUAGCAUCAUCAACUACCCAAUUUUCAACUCACAGCACUUAGCAACUCUUAGAACAGUGCUUCCUAUAAGACUAUUGAAACAGCAACAAACUAUUGAACUUCUUCUUCUUUCACGAUAUUAAUGACCGUCAGCCAAGCUGAGUAAGAAGUAUCUGUAUCUCUAAUUAAGUACCAUAACAACAUAACAGUGUCAAACCACCUAAGCCCUAAGCCCAGCCUAAGCCACCCAAACACUCAAAUAAUUUGAGUGAACACACUAGUAUCAAACCACUUAGCAUCUGUUUAUGUCGACAUUGAAGUUGAUGUACGACACGACAAUUAGAAAAAUGUCAUACUCAAGGAACGCGACUACUAUUCUUCGUAAGAAUUUGAGUCAGUCAGAAUUGAAGACUCCUCGUCGUUUUUUAGAGGUGGUUGCGCGAACCGGGGGUCGGAAUUCCGCUACGUUGAAAACUGGAUAUUAGAGGUGGUUGGAGCGGCUUAGCCUGUGUGAAGCCAGUUCGCCUGAGACGUCUGGUGGAGGAAACAGGUCAAAUCACGUCGUUGCCCCCUAGUAGUAAACCCAGAACAUCUAACCUUGCGAUUCACCUAGUUGUACUGCACCUCCAUCCUCGCGAAGGAAGACGUCAUCGUCAUAGUCGUUUCGCAAAUAGCAUUAAGUACCACAAAUAUCUUCAAGAUGAGCAAAGUGCCGAAGGAUCUUGGUCCGGCUUUUCUAGAGAGGGCUCAAGACAGUGAGCUACGUGUCCUGCGCAUCGACACCUCUGGCGAAGGCCCUGGCACUAAAGAAGAAUCGAGUAUUAUGGCAUGUUGAGAUGAUUAUCUGGUUCUAGAACGGUACAGGUUAGCCCUGUGGACGGCGAGUCAGAUCCUUUCCUAUCCUAGAACUCUGUUAGCUUUGCAUCAAGUCUAUGAAUCGGAAUGCUCAAGUUGUAGUUUUUAUCAGCUAACCAUCUUAUCUAGAACCUAACAUUAUACCACCUGUGUAGAAUCCUGCAAGAACAUAGCGAGGCGAACCGAGCCAGGCCUUCUUGGAAAUUUGCAUUCCCAGAGCCUCGGAGGCGCUACCGGAUGCUGUCCAUCCCAUUGCCAGAGUCACUGCUCCCAUCAAAAAAGUUUAUAAAUUUAUAGUCAUGUUGCGCUUCUAAUCUUGUUGGAGGCCAGCACCUAUGUGAAGGCAGUCCCACCACUGGUCAGCUGCCGACUCAGUCUCAAAAAGAUUUCUUGACGCAAGGCCUCUUCGACAGUGCGAUUUUGCACCAGCUCUUAUGGCUAGUAGCUAGUACUCUCAAAAAUUUAAAUGAAUGUUAUAAUUUUCCUAAAAGAAAUCUAUGUCCUGGCUGGGGAUUUGUUGUGGGAGUUGACCUUUGUGUCGGCUGUCAUUUUGUCUCUACGGUGACCACGAAGGGUCAUAUUUAUCAGGGGCACUCACAUGACAAGAUGCGAUCGUCUAGGAUGUUGUGAAGGCAGUACUGUAGCUCUCUUCAGGCAGCUUAGGGUGUCGCGUGAUUCGCCUCUGAAUGAGUCUACUCUUCUAAAGUUCUCAGCCUCGUCUAUUGGUCGGCAUCAAUUUGAGGAUGCCAAGCAUCGUAGCACGGCAGAGAGUAAGAUGCGACUACUCGCAAGUGCGCACAAGCAUGGCUUUAAGGGCGACCGGGCUUUCGGAUUACUCAUUUUCUUGAACCUGAUAGUUUUGGGUUUGGAGACAGAUAAUGCAACGGAGCUCGGCCCAUCCAGUGCGUAUUGUUAAGAAACGAACUUAAAGAGUAACAUCAUCUAUUUGUUCGCAAGCAAUGCUAAGGAAGAAGCCAUCUAUUAUCUUCGCAUCACAAGCAAUGGAGGGGACUUCCCAUCUUUUAUCUUAGCAUCACAAGCAAUCCGAAUCGACUAACAUCAUCAUCAUCAUCAUCAUCAUCAUCAUCACAAGCAAUGCUUCACUGGAGGGGACUUCUUAUCAUCACAGGCAAUGCUUCUUCUAGGAACGUAUCAUCACAAGCAAUGCUUCUUCUAGGAACGUUCAUACUUCAUCAUCCUUAGCAUCGCAUGACGAGGUUGAUUACCUGCUACCACUAUGUACUUAGAGGUUUAGACUACAAUCAAUCUCAUAUGGAGAGGUUUAGACUACAAUUAUCAACACAAGGAGAAAGCCUGCUACAGGAUGCUCCUCCUGCUACAGGAUACUUCUAAUUCUGGUGGUUGGAGAGCUUCUUCUUGAUGUUUUUUAUAGGGGAAAUCGGUUGCAGGAUCAUGUACGAGGAGACCACGAGGCUGAUCACGGAGACUGACGCGAACGCGGAGGAAGUGAGACUGGCCCUGCAUGUCCAAGAUCUGAGGGUUCUCGAACACGCUAAGGCGACGCAAGCGAAGCUGACGAUGAAGAAAAACAAGCCAAAACGCGGAAAAUCGAACGGGAACGACGGCGAGAUGAGCCGGAGACUCUCAUCGAGCUCGCUGGCGUCCCACUCCACGAGCUCGCUGCCAUCCGUGAAAUAUUCUGGGAAGAUUGAUAUUAUGGAGAAACACACACACACUUUUGCAAAUUUCACAAGAAGAUCAAGGACAAUUUUUAUUUCAUUCAUUUACCCAUGUUGAUGUGAAGUAUUUUUUUCGACUAUUUUUAAGGUUCACAAGCUUAUUUCCCCAGUCGUGUUACCUGUACCUUUAGUAAGCAAGUAGUAUCUUAGUUUUACCUGUAGUAAUUUGGUAGUUUCGACGUACUCGUGUUACGUGUAGUAUGCACUAAGUAAUAAAGUAGUAAGUAGUAUACAGUGUAGUCGCCUGUAGUGUGGUAUAGCCCAUGACUUGACCGCUGACCACUUUGGCGCUUCGCUACUUUUGUUCACGAAUCUAUUUUUGCUAUCUAUGCGCUCUAAUUCAUAAGCUGAGGAAGACGCGACCGACGGAAUAUGGGAUGUGUUGCCUUCCGAUGAGCGGCUUAUCGAGGUGGUUCAGCCCAUGUUCUCCAGUGGGCCUCUCUACGUAAGGCUCGCAAUGAUUCAUCCACACACACCUCCUUGUCAGCAUGAGUCUGAGACCAGGUUCUAUCUGUAUGAGUCUAAGGCCCGCGUUUCCGGAUACAGAGAACGAAAACAAGGCAUCCUAUCCUAUCCCAUCCGAUUUUAGUCUAAAACAAACAACUUUUUAGGUGAGUCACACUGUCUUCGAUCGCCUCUAAUGUAUCAUCCCAGUUGGCUCGCCUCCUACUUCGCCACCGAGCAUUGCUCCCAUCACGCGUGGUUGCUGCUGGACAUCCUGAUUGUGAGCGUGUCAGUGGUAGAUGCCUGGAUUAUGCAACUUGUAGCCAGCGACGAAAGUGGUAUUAAGGCUUACUUCUGUAGUAAUUCUUUCGUGUUGAGGAGGAGCCGCUUCUUUGCUUCAUUCGCAAAGUCCGUGAACAAAGCACUUUGUUUCCGUGAAAAAAGCCGGACUAUGCCUGUAAUCUUUGUUCCUCUUUUUGAUUGAGGGAAGGAAAGCUCUCUGAAUUAGUGUCCGUUCUAAUGGUAGCGCAAAUUUAUCCGGCUUUCGAGUGCUGCGAAUGCUUCGGUUAAGACUUCUAAACCCUAAGCCCAAUAAAUCAUCCAUCUUCAUCCGAGAAUUUAGUCUGCUGAAAGAGGUGGUUUUUUUUCAUCAUUGCCAACAUACGGUAGCAGGCAAGAUCUGUGGCAGUUUCUAGUCGAGACUUGAUCGUUUAUCAAUUGGUUCUCUUGCACUUCAUUCGUAGAAGGUACAAGAAGGCGGAUAGGGUCUCACCCUGGGGAUAUCGACCAAUUAUUACGAGGCAUCCUGACAUGACAUGAGAAGCUCUAACUCGUGUGUUGCGCAGUGUGAAACUCGUGCGAUACUUCAAAGACCUGUGGCUCUUGGUGAACGGGUUAGUGCAGAGUAUGCGCAGUAUCGCUUGGGUCAUGGUCUUGCUCUCCUUAAGGCUGCUUCCCGCAGCGAGUCAUCUUCAGAGUCAUCUUUGGCCUUGGCACGUCCAUCACCAGAGGGAAAUCGGAAAACGCGCCAAAGAUGUUCUUCAGAGUCAGCUUUGGCACGUUCAUCACCAGAGGGAAAUCGGAAAACACGUCAAAGACGUUGGCUUUCAAGAUGAAUUCAAUCUCAGGUCAGCUCUAAUCUCCAUCUUCAUAUACUGUUGUGCUCUGUUCAUGACGGGCAGAGUUCGUGACGCAGAGCACUUUCGAGGACCUAAUGGUUCGGAGCACCCAGAUCCGUUGUACGCGGCUGCCUACGAGAAUUUUAUUAAGGCUUACUUCAGCGAAAAGCAUCACAGAUAAAAGUAAAAUGGAUGUGAAGAACGUUUGAUGUAAUGAAUAAGAUGGGAAGCUGUGAAGCAGUCAGGAGGAGCAUCGUUGGAGGAAGCAUCUUCGGACCUGACGAAGGAGCAUCUUUGGACAAAGCUCGAGCUUUGAAAGGAAAACUUUAUAGUUUUAAGCAAAGGAAAUGAUGUGAAGAACGUUUGACGUAAUGAAUAACGGUUGAUAUUGUAAGCCCGCUAAUUUUGGUACAGUGACAAUGAGCUGCUACACCUUGUUUCAAGUGGUCACUCUGGAGAACUGGGCUGACCUCGUCCAUCCACUGCGCGAAUGGCACGGAGGCUACGCAUUCUUCUUCGUAGGCUUCAUUAUCCUCACGCAUUUUGCGGUGAUGAAUCUCUUCGUAGGUGUGCUAGUCGAACAUAUCACGAGAAGUGCGAACUUGGCAGACCUAGAAUUUUAUGCUUCUGUGCGAACUUGGCAGCUCUUUGUAUCUGCUCUUAAUCGUAGGCGACUUAAAUAGAAGAUGUGCUAGAUCGAAACGAAGCUCUUAAUCGUAGACGACCUGUAAAUAAAAGAUGUGCUUUAUCAACAUCGUAGACAACUUAAACAGAAGAUGUACUAGAUCAAAAAGAAUCAUGUCGUUGUUGAAACACAACGAGAUCUCCUCCGAUAUUUAGAUACAACAGUAUUCAAUCAUGUAAGACGCAUAGCACAGACAUUUCAGAGUCACAUCUUGCAAGGCCUGCAGUACGCACCUCAAUCACCGUCCCCGUCUUCUAAUAUCUGAUGCAGCACGUGAAAGAGGAACAGAGGAGAAAUUUGAAGGGCCUCUUUGAACUCUUUGCCCUAGUAGACGAAGACGGUAGCGGAGCCAUAAGCUUUCGGGAGUUUAACCAUAUGGUAAAAAACAAUGCAGAUGUCCAAGACAAACUAGCCUCUCUCAACCUCCAGCCACACGAAUUAAUGUACAUGUGGAGCAUUCUGUUAUGGUGCGGUUUUCUUCGUUUUUCCCCAACUACCUCCAAUAUUUAGUUCGGUUUUUAUGGUUCGUUAAGGAUUUGCGGGUUUGUGUAUGUGGGAUGACCGGCAUCGCAGGAGCCUGAAUUUGACUGCUGUUUUGACCAAGUUUCUGCAACGUCAAUCUAUUCCACACAAUUAGUCUAUUAAAAGCUAUCAAGAUUGCAGCGUCAAGCUAUUCCACUAAAUUAUUCUAUCAAAAGCUAUCAUAUCAAUCUUUCUCUUUCUAAUCGGCGACGUCGACGUCUCUGGCGAGCUGUCUUGCGAAGAGUUUGUUUCUGGUGUUACUCGGUGUAAAAGCUCAGAAAUGUCUCUGGAGUUGAUGUACCUUCAAGGCAACCUAAUGCGGGAACUGGGAGUCGUGCGAGAGCAAGUAGCUGCGCAACGGGAAACAAUUGCGUCAUUGGAGAAGAUCAUACGCAGUCAGUAUGGAGGAGGUGUGGUGAAUGGAUGACCAACUGGAGACAAUGGGGGAGGACGUAAUGCAGGAACAAAAGGAGACCAAAAUACUAGCAAGCCAAAUGAGAUACAGAGCAAAGGAAUUUGUGGAACGUCGAGCACUGACUUUGGCAUGUCGGAUUCAUCACACGCACCAUAGUAGUGGUUCUGCCCGACAACUCGGGGUCUUGCCGUGGUCCAGCCAAGCACUAGCAUUUCUUUUCAACCUAGUAGUUCGUAGUGGGUCUGUGUCAAAACGCACAGAAAGGAACUGAGGCAAUUUAGCAGCAGAUGAUUGGCUGUCCUUCUUACCACCUUCUUGCUACUCUGUGCGGCUACCUCGAGGAACGAUAGAAACUACGCGGAUAAAGGCCUGCGGUGCGGUCACUUUCUUCAUGGUGUCUGUAUUAUCCCCACACUUGAGGCCGCUUUCACACCACGACGAAUUCCAAAUCGCAUGAGAAAACAUUUAGAUUUUCCCUUCGAAAGGAGCUCUGUCGAAGUCAUGUACCUUCCCAAUGGUGUUUCAAAAUGCACAUGUGUGACAUUUGGAGACAAAAAUAUCCCCCGAAAUUGAGAACAGCGCACAGUAGUAAUGUUUUGUGAAUGUUGUCCUCCUCCAUGUAGUAGAGAAUUAUGGCGAUCGAGGCCAGAUUGCCCACGUAAGUAGGACUUCUGCUUAGUCUCGCGUAUUUCCACAGGAUUGGGCUUGUCACCUAGAAAAGCUAUAGUCCUGAGAAGGCAUGCCUAGUGGAAUUUUUUCAACUAAGCAAUACUUAACCUAGUACUAUGGGCCACACUGAAUUGCGCCUCAACGUGACCACGAGGUAAUUUUAGAUUGUAGGCGCUGACGCAGAUCCGAAGGAAAGCAAUCCAAGAUUGUUUUGAGCUCUGAGGGUCGUCAGUCUGCAACCAUUUUCAUCGACUUUUACCUGAAAGUGAAUUACCACUACAAGCCGAAAAGAGGCCCACGCGCGUGCUACAAUGAACGUGAGAAACAAAAUAAAUAGGUACACGAAGAAACAUGAUAUCGAUUUAACGAUUGAUGUUUGUUCAUCGAGCUUCUUUUACC